AUGCUCUGCCACGUACAUACAGCACACUUGAUCUCGGAUGCAUAUACCGGAGCGCGCUUGGGACCGAAGAAAAGUGGUGAAUCUGAGUGCAGCAGCAGCAGCACAACCCACUAUCUCUACCCACCAACAACGAGCCACCAGCCACAAGCAGCCAACCACCACCCACCGCGCACCCACCACCCGCCAGCCACCCACCAGCCGCCCACCACCCGCCCACCAGCCGCCCACCAUCCACCAUUCACCACUCAUCACCCGCCAGCCGCCACUCGCCAGCACCUACCACCACGAGCACCAGCACAAGUAGCACCACAUCAUGAGCAUGAAAACAAUUCAUUACUGUUACUGCUGCUGUCCUUGUUCCCGUCCUUUGCUUUUGUUGUUGCUCCGCCUGCCACCUGCGGCUGCUGUGGCGGUGCAGCCAAAAGAGCAAUCCGGCAGUCUCAGGUCCCGGAGCAGCUGCAGGGUAUCCCACACUUGACCAGCUCCAACCUUUGGAACUUGCGUUCUUGCCCUCCCCGGCUCAUCGUCCUUGGGGCCGGAACCAUCGGUGUCGAGAUCGCUCAAGCGAUGCAGCGACUGGGCAGCCAGGUUACCCUCGUGACCGGUCCCUCCGGCCGAUUGAUGCGCAAGGAGGAGCCUGAGGCCGCCCAGGCCGUCAGAGAUUCGCUGGCACGCGAUGGGGUCUUUUUCUGCAGCCCGACGACCCUGGUCGCCAUACGCAGAAGCUCCACUGCAACUGAAGCGGAUUCGGCAGAUAUGUACAAGGCUCCAUUCGCAACCUACCAGCUGGAGUAUGAAGACGGCGACGGCGCAGUGCACCACAUAGAGGCAGAGGCUCUCCUCAACGCAACUGGCCGCGUUGCUCGUACCACGGGCCUUCACCUUUCGGCAGGGGGAGUCCGAGGGGGCAAUGAUGGUCUCGAGGUCAAUGCCUUGUUGCAAACCUCCAAUCCCGAUGUGUUUGCGGCUGGCGAUUGCUUGCCGGAUGGCAGCCGCUUCACGCAUGCUGCCGAGUGGCAAGCUCGUGUUGCUGUGCGCAAUGCGAUGCUUGGGGAGGAGAUCGAUGCCCGGAGGCUGCUGGUCCCACGAGCAACGUACACGGAUCCGGAGGUGGCGUCGGUUGGGCGCUCGGCUGCACAGCUGCGUUCCGCAGGCGUGGAGUUCAAGACGUUCGUGCGACAAGCAGCAGAUGUCGAUCGAUUUCGUUGCGAAGGGGUGUCGGAUGGCUUUGCCAGUCUCCAUGUGGGUCAUGACGGGAAGAUCCUGGGUGCUACAAUCGUUGGCCCGAAUGCUGGUGAUCACAUAUCUGAAGUCACACUGUGCAUGCAACACAACAUCACAGCAGAUGAGCUUGCCGGCACCAUUCAUCCCUAUCCUACAGCGGCCGAAGUCGUCAGACAGGCCGCACAGGCUUACGUUCGCAGCCGCAUCUUCCAGCCCAGCAACCAGGAGCUACUGCGGCGAAUGAGCGAGCCAUGUGAGUUCAUCCGCUCUGAGUGCUCGGAGUCGGGACUGCGCACGAUUCUGCUCCAGCGGCCUAAGGCGCUGAACGCCUGCGACGCGCUGAUGGCUAAGGCCAUUGGAGAAGCCGCAAGCGCCGACUCGAAGUGUCUUCUUCUGCAGAGCUCCGACGCAGGAGCCCCUGGCAAGGCUGCCUUCUGUGCGGGCGGCGAUGAGGAGCCAAGCAGCUCGCUCCCCAAGCUGCAGCUUGGCCAUGAGUACCGGGCUGUGGCCGCCCUCAGCCGCAUGAGGCAGGAAGGCGUGCCGGUGAUUGCUUUUAUGGACGGCAUUACCAUGGGCUUCGGCCUCGGCUUGGCCUGCGCUGCAGAGUUCCGUGUGGUGACAGAGCGGUCGCUGCUGGCCAUGCCCGAGUGCGCCAUCGGCAUCUCACCGGAUGUUGGCUUCAGCGCCAUGGCUGCUGCUUUGCCGGCGCCGGGGCUCGGCCGAUGCAUGGCUUUGACCGGCUGGCGCCUCACAGGCGCGGAGGCGCUGGCUGCAGGCUUGGCUACGCACCUGGUGCCCUGGAAGGGCCUUGGGGCCUUGAAGGAGAAGCUCCUUCGCUUAAACUGGGAAGACGAGGCUUCGAAGGUGCAGUUGGCUCAGAUACUCCGGGAAGAGACCCUGAGCCUGGACUCGGUGGACUCCGGGCUCGAUGACACGAUUCUCAAAGUACUCAGCCAGACUUUCACCCCGGCCACGUCAGCGAAAGAGAUCCGGGAUCGGUUGAGGGCUCUGUCGGCAGACUUGGAAGUCGAUGCUGAUGUGAAGAGCUGGGUGGAGCAGAGGCUUUCAGGCUUCGAGAAGGGAUGCCCAAUGACUCAGGAGGUCGUGCAGUGUCUUAUGGACCAAGCAGAACGGGAAGCUUCCAAGGAAUCAGAUCGCCAUGAGCUUCUUUGUAGGGCGUUGGAGCGAGACUAUGCGACACUCAUGAGGCUGCUCAGAGCCGGCGACUUCUAUGAAGGCGUCAGGGCAGCUCUGAUCGACAAAGACGGCGCUCCCCAAUGGAUGGCAGACCUGGACAGCCUGGAUCCUUCUGAAGUUCGGAGUGCCAUAGCACCACUUCCCGACUCGCAAAGGAUCGGUUUGAGCUAG